AUGCAAGCUAUCAUGGUCAUGCCAGGCCUAUUGUUACAAAAACCACAUGCCAAAGCAGGAACCAAGGAGUUCUGUGAACACCUUGCACGACGUCUUUCUUUGUGGAAGGCGGGUAACAUCAAUGAGCUGCUAGAGGAGGCCCGUACCAUUCAAUCCAGAUUACCUGAGCUAGAUAGACAGCGAGGAAUAACAGAAAAGAAGCUAAAUAGGCGGUUUGCCACUCUCAUCCGGAAAGGAGAGGUCCAUUCAGCCAUCUCCCUCAUCACUGAAUAUGGCAAGGGUGGACUACUUGAACUUACACCAGAAGUAAGAACUGAACUAAAAAGAAAACACCCCAAAGCAAAACCUGCAAACCCAGAGGCCUUGAUACAAGGAGAUGCACUCAUUGUUAACCCCAUCUUAUUCGAAAGUCUAACUGGUGAGGUUGUAAGAAAGACUGCACUAGCAACCCACGGUGCCGCUGGUCCCUCCAUGGGAGAUGCUUAUAUAUGGAGACGUAUGAUGGUAUCUUUUAAGUCAGCAUCAAAAGAUUUAUGUGAUGUGGUGGCGGAAGUGGCAAGGCACAUAGCAUUACAGGAAGUGGACCCAGUCGGGCUUAGCCCACUUCUAAACAAUAGUUUGAUCCCCAUUUCGAAGAACCCUGGAGUACGACCAGUGGGAAUAGGGGAAGUUUUGAAACAUAUUAUUGGCAAGUCCCUGGUGUCUGUGCUCAAGAGAGAUAUUACCAAAGCUGCAGGAUCUACGCAAGUAUGUGCAGGCCACCUGUCUGGUUGUGAAGCUGCUAUACAUGCAGGGGCGUAG